GCAAAAGGCGUGACUCAUUGCUUUGAGCCAUGGCCGUGGGUGUCGACUCGCCAGCGCCCUGCUGCCCCAAGGGCUCGCACGUUGCGCUCGCGCCUCAAAGCGGUGCGUGCUGCGGACACGAGAUCACGCUCGGCGUCGACGGCAGCGGCGGCGGCGGUGGCUUCCGUUGCUACACCUCUGGCGCGCCGACGGCGUCAAGGACGGCCGUGCUGGUCUUCCACGACGUUUUCGGAAUGGACUCUGGCAACCACAAGAUGGUGUGCGACGCACUCGCCGCUCAGCACUAUGUGAUCAUGCCCGACUUUUACGACGGCUGGUCCAUCGAGCCCUUCUACAACGCGGGCAAGGCGGGCGACGGCAAAAAGGAGCUUGCGCGCUUCAACUGGGCGUGGUGCUCGCCGCGUGUCGAGGCGGUCCUGCAACAUCUCUCGGAGAUCGGCAUCGAGAAGACGGGGAGCAUCGGCUUUUGCUGGGGCGCCUGGGGCGUAGCCAAAGCCUGCCAAGACCGACGGAUCCACGCCGGCGUCUGGGCGCACCCGAGCUGCCAAGUCGGCAAGGAGCUGUACGAGGGCGAGAGCGAGCAGGAGCUGGCCGCCUCAGCGGGCACACCGACGCUCAUCCUCUCAACGCCUCAAGAGAAGCCACUCUACAGCAAUGGCGAGCUCGCAUCCAUCUUUGCUGCGCAGGGCGUGCCGUUUGAUGGCGUCCACUUUCGCGACCAAGCCCACGGCUUUAUGACUCGCGCCGCGGGCUUCCUUGGCAAGAGCUGGACCGAGAGCGGCGGCAUGGCCGAUGGCGCGGCUGCGGUCGGACAGCAACGCGCCAUCCAGCUGGCUCUCGGCUGGUACGCCAAGCACCUGUACGACUAGGGAGAGUCAACAUUCGCAAGGGUAGACGGUCCUUGGCCCUUUGUCGCUUGUCGCCUGACACUUUUCUGUCUACUGCUGUGCCGCGUUGUGCAUUAUGGGCGUGUUUCCGUGUCACACUGCGACACUCAAUCACUCAGGGACACAACAGCAUAUCUCUCACCGACAGGGGAGAGGUGGAGAGCAGUCCAUGUGACCUUGCUCAGAAAGAAAA